AUGUCCGACAUCAACCUCAAACAGAUCCACGACACCCUCGUGGAGGUCGCCUUCGAGGCUGGCCGCAUGAUCCUCGCUGCCAACCCAAACAAAAUUGACAAGGGUUCAAAGAUGAACUCCGCCGACAUAGUCACCGAAACCGACCAAGCCGUCGAGCGCAUGGUCUCCACCACCCUCCGCUCCAAAUACCCCUCCUUCUCCUUCGUCGGCGAAGAGACCUACGUCCCCGGCGAAACCAAAGUCACCUCAGCCCCGACCUUCAUCGUCGACCCCAUCGACGGCACCACCAACUUCGUCCACGGCUACCCGCACGGCUUUUGUAUCUCGCUCGGCUUCGCCCUCGACCGCCGCCCCGCGGUGGGAGUCGUCUACAACCCCGCUCUCGACACGCUCUGGACGGCCAUCCGGGGUCAGGGCGCUUACUGUCAGCGCAACGCCUCGCUCGAACCAGGAAAGGGGCAAGGAGAGAAGCAAAAGUUGCCGCUGAAUGGGGGCCAGCCGCUAGGAGACUUGUCCACGUCCCUGGUGGCGGUGGAGUGGGGUAGUCAGCGCGAUGGGAAAAACUUUGAUAUCAAGACGAGGGUGUUUAGGCAGUUGACUGCUGCCAAGGAGAAUGGGGGGAGCAUGGUGCACAGCUUGCGCAGUUUGGGCAGCGCGGCGCUGAAUAUUUGUGCCGUGGCGGCGGGCCAGGUUGAUAUGUAUUGGGAGGGCGGGUGUUAUGCGUGGGAUGUGACGGCGGGUUGGUGUAUCUUGGAGGAGGCGGGCGGGAUUAUGGUUAGUGGGAACCCGGGGGAUUGGAAUCCGGAGCUGGAUUCGAGGUUGUACUUGGCUAUUAGGGGGGCGGAGAGCGGGCAGAAGGAGAUUGUGGAGGAGUUUUGGGGGGUUAUUGGGGAUGAUAAGAUGGAUUAUAAGCAUUAA